AUGGCAGAGGAUACUACCUCAGUCUCCAAGGUUUAUUGCUUUUAAUUAAGAAUUUUUGAGAUUAAGUUUGAUUUUGACUUCUUUAAAUAAGUCAUGGGUUGUUUUGAACUUUAGGGCUGCUUUCUGAUCAAGAAAUCAUCGGCUCACUCUCCAAGAAAGCAUCGUGCAGGUAGUCCGGAUAAGCGUUCAUGUCAAGCAUGUCACCGAAGUUUGCUUUGUCAAUCUGACAAUCUCCCCUCUAAAUCAGCCAUACCUGGGAUUAUCUUGAUAAUUUAAAGGGGAACUAGCGCACAAAUAAAAGGCAAAGCUGCGAUCUUCAUCGUAGUCUGAUAACAGCCAAUCUGUCGAUUAUUUUACUGUGAAGACUGAAUGCAUUUCAAACCUAUUUCUUUGGCUUCAGGCACAGACCACUUCAUCAUGUCUAACAAGUUAAUGACCAGAAGUUUUCUUUUUUUUAAUUUCUUCUCAGACGAUAUAUUUCCAGAGGUUGCUGGAGAAAGUAUAGCCCAUCGCAAGCAGAGAUAUGAAAACUUUAAAAAGUGUUGGGAAUCUAUUAAAUGUGAAAUUGAGGUGCCAGUGAUACGUGUUAUAUUGUGGUGUUUACAAUAUUCCAGACCUUGUAUUCUGCUAAUGUGUUAAGGAAAGAGAGGCAUGAAAAGCAGGAACGGCUUAGAAAGCAGAAGGAAUUUUUAAAUCCGGAAUUAAAUGACAUAUUAAACAAUGAACGAAAUGAAAUAUUUAUGACUACUUGUUGCUGUAUCAUCUUAGGUUCUGCAGUCACAGAUGAACAGUAAAAUAUUUUCUGACCUCGUGGAAUUUUUCAAGAGAGCACAGAAUGUAAAAUCAUCAGAAAUUGGGAGGACCAGUGUCGUACAAGAAAUACCUACAGCUGCUCUCAUAACUGGUAAAGAGAAUAAAAGUCUUGUUUGUCGGGUGUGCUAUUAUGGCAAACCUUACAAAUUAAGUUGAACUGUGUAAUUUAUAAUUUCAGGUGUAAAUAUGCCAGACCAUGAUGUUGUAUUCUCUCAGUUAGCCAGUGAAUUAAACAGUCAUGUUACUCCAUUUGUUGCUUUACUGAGGUCCAAAGACUGCACAGGUUUGCUUUUUAUUCCAUCUUUCCUUUCUGCCUAAAUUUCAGAGAUAUUAUUUGUCUUUGAUACAACUUGAGUGUGGAAGGAAUAAUUUCAAAUGACACCAGGAUAUAAUUUUUAAAGAGAAUUUUAUUGUAAGGUGUUUAAAAUUUUGUUCCAAACUAACUUAAGAAUUUUUAUUUAAUAUUGAACAAUUUUUGGGGUUAAAAAAGCUUGUUAUUUUGUUGUAGAUUAGGUUCUUUGCCCAUUCUCUUAGACAAGAACUUAUAUCAAUGGAUUUCAACAUUGGCUAUUAUUCUUUUUUGCUUAAAAGUCAAAUUUGUGCUUUAUAGCGAUGAAAGCAACGAUGAAGAAUGUAAUAUCACAGUUCUUUAGUUUUGAUAUACAGGUAAGCUUUACCACAUCAUUUGUUUUAUAUUAAAUAUUAUAGUGAUGUGAAUAUAUUGAUCAUCAAGUAUUUGCCAUAGGCUUAAAUGGACAAAUCUGUAGUUCAAUGCCUGGUUUACCACUAACAGAGAAAUCAGAGAGUUUGGUAAAAAGUGUGGUUGAAGGACUUCUAAAUUGACAUGUAAUUGUUAUUUUUUUCAAGGAUAAGGAUGAUUUGUCUCCUUCAGAACAAGCCCAGAAAUUAAGCAGUUUUACAAUGCCUGUACUUUGCCGCUGGUAUGGGAAAAUGAUCAAGGUUUAUUUACACACUUGUUUAUGUGGUUUUUAUUUGCAAGUCUGACUUAUGCUUAUCAAUUUUUCCAGGUUACUUUUCCCAAGAUUGUCAUCAUGAGUGCGACAUUUUUGUCUCCUUUGUGAAAAUUGCACUCUUGACACUAACAACCCUGUCUGGAGAAAACCAAACACAUGGUCAUAGGCUGUAACAGGAAAGUAGAAAGCAAAGUAGCUCUGUGUCAAUUUUUAACCAUGAUGUGAACAAUGUCAAUUGUUUAAAAUAUCUUGGAAUUUUAAUAUCAUCUGAUUUUACUUGGACUAAUCACAUCGAAUACAUUGAAGGAAAAAUUAACCAAAGGCUUGGUCUACUUAGGCGUAUUGAGCAUUUAUUACCAUUUAGGGUGCUAAGUUCUUUAUAAAAGUCUUGUCAUGCCUUUAUCUGAGUAUGCAGAUCUAGAUUGGGGUGACUAGCAUAAUUUAACUUUAGUGUCAAGCCUACAAGUUUUGCAAAAUAAGGCAGCUAAAAUCAUUUUAGAUCGUCUACUGUAUUCAUCUGCAUUGCUUGUGUUAGCGACUCUGAAGUGGAUACCAUUAUAGAAAAUGCAUUUCCAGUGAAGAUGUGUGCAUGUAUACAAAUGGCUAAAUGGACUUAUAAACCAUGAAUUUACUUAAGUAACACAGCAACAGCAACAUAAUUACAACAUAAUUAAUAAAGCCAAUCUUAGACUCCCCAGUGUUAAAAGGAACUGGGGGAAACAAAGAACUGCGUAUCAUGCUGUAAAUGACUUUAAUUCACUUAGCCAGGUAAUAAGAGAAUCUGCCUACAUUAAUGCAUUUAAGCGACAUGUUUAACUUCCUAAUACAAUUCUUAGUUAUAAUUCCUUUUUUUCUUUUUAUUAUAUUUUAGACUCGAUCUUUGAGGUCCUUUUUGAAAACCAUUUUUUUUAAAAAAAGUUUCCUCAGUAAAGAUCAUUGUUUAUCUUAUUAUCUGUUGCAUUACAAAGGAUGCAAUCAAACUUUAUACAGAUUAACAUAACCUAACUUAAGAGAGACACCAUAUUAUAUUACCCAGUAUGUAGGACUGCAGACUAAGGUGAAUUGUGUAUAAUGACGGGGUUGAACUGUUUGUGUUUCAGUACAGUUAUUCAAAAAGAAGACAGAGCAGACAGCAAUCACAGUAUUCAGGUGAAUCAUGGUUACUUUUCAUCAUUUUCAGUUUUUAUAUUUAUAGUAACAGUUUUUUGUUAUUCUUAUUAUUUUCUGACUGCCAUGUUCCCUUUUUCAGAUCAACCCCCUUUGGUUGUCAUUUUUGAGGACUUUGAGGGUUUUCUUCCAGCUGUUGUUCAAAACUUUGUGAUGAUUUGCAGGUAUAAGCUGCUGUCUGUCAUUAAAAGCUGUUUGUUUUACCUUCUCUUCUCAGAGGAAAAAAUUGUUUUCAUUUAAAAAGCUAGAGGCAAAAAAUUGAACAUGUCAAACUUACAGAUGAUUAUUUUCUAUGAUUCUAAUUCCUUCUACUUUACAGUCAAUACUUGAGUGAACUUCCUUUGGUCCUAGUCUUUGGUAUUGCCACAGCACUGACAACUGUUCACAAAGUUUUGCCCCAUGCUGUAUCUAGUUUGUUGUCCAUUGAGAGAUUUCAGUCAGAACCAUCACAUGUUUGUGUUCUAGAGGUCAUAAGCAAGGUGAGCCUUAAAUGGAAAGUGUUCUUAGUGUUCAAUAACAAUAAUGUUUUACAGUUAUAAUGAUGUUUUCUCUAUGAACUGCUUUUCAUAGGUUUUGAUGACUGCCACAUUUCCAUUCAAACUUAGUGCACAAGUGUUAAGAUUACUGUAUGAGAAUUUUCUAUUCCAUGAUUUCUCACUUCAGAACUUUUCCAGAGGACUUCAGGUAUUGUUAAAAUCUAAAACUUGAAAUUUUGAGCCUUUAAAACAAAACAAGUUUCAUUUCAAUCUCUCUUAGGGCUUUAGAGUUUUGUGUGUUUUCAUAGUGUUAGUAGUGGAGCGUGAAAAUUAGUAGUGAAGCUGUGAAAGGUUUCACACAGUAAAUGUCAGGCAUGAUGUGAUACUUUCCUAUUUGGGUUUUAAGUUGAGUUUUUUUAUUUCUAUCUUUUCAGUUCUGUUUGAUGGAGCAUUUUUUUGAGAGUCCUCUGAGUGUGCUCUGUUGUGUGUCAUCAGAUGACAGAAAAGAUUUGCUGAAUGAAAUGAGUCAUAAACAAGUGGAAAUGUUUAGAAAAACAAUGUCUUUUCGCAGGUAAAUUUUACAGUUUAUUCUGUCUACCAUCUCUCACUUCAGUAGGUUUUGCAGGAGAACCUUUUAUUUAUGUGUGGGAUCAUGGGAGCAUUUGCCAGAUAAUACUUGAAAACUGUAUUUUAUUCUUUUGAAGCUGGAAAGGAAUGUAGGCUUCUUUCUACAACAGAAAUUUCUGUUAAGGUUCAAAUUCACUUUCAAAACAAAAAUUUAUUUUUUCUAGCUUAAUGCUCAGAAAUUGACUGAAAGUUACUUUCAUGAGUUCAGUCCUUUCUUCUUGUUACAGAUAUGUUGAAUCUGAGCCACCAUCAAAGCAACUGCCAUUGUUACUGGAUGACUCCUUUGCCAAGGUUAGUUUGUUGAUCUAGGAGUCAUAUUUAAUGAAGUUUGAAUGAUUGUUGGCUGUUUGAUGUCAUACACUAAACCCAUCUUCCACCAUAAAUUCUUAUUUUAACAGGAAGCAAUAGCUGAGCUUUUAAAAAGCUUUCAUGAGUACCACUGGAGUUUCUUCCCUGUGUUAAAUUGUCUCCAUAUUCUCACCUGUAAUCUUCCACAACAUCCUCUGGGAAAGAAGGUUGUAUAAUUAUGCAUCUUAAAUCAUAGGGUUUAAUUUUUUACAUGAUAUUACCACAAAGUUUUGUGCUCUAUUCAUUAAUUGAAUGUUUGAUUUCUAUCGACAUUUUCAGCCCCACAAUGUUUAUGAAAACAGUUUGUCAAGUGAUAUUUAUGAACAGGAAAAAUAUAAGGAGGCACUGUCCUUGCUCAGGUGUGACUAUGUGUGUUAGGAUAUUUAUUCAAGAUAGAAGUCUUAUGUCAAACUUUGUCAAAAUUUUCUUCCAUAUGUUGAAAAUAUGGAGGUUCCCAAAUUUUUUACAAAACAGUCAGGAUCCCAAGUGUUGUAGGCACAUUUCAUCCCCAAGAACUCAUGUUUUUGAUCUGACAUCUUGCCAUUGUGACAUGUGCGUUUAAUAUCUUUUAAUGUUACAGUACUGAGCAUGUGAAUAUAAAAGUGAUCCUAACCAUAAUUAAUAUAACCUUAGGCCAAGACUACUUUUAGAAAUUGUUUUCUUCAAACAAAUUUUAGGACAAAUGUGAAUGAAAAUAAUCUCUAAACUCAUUAUUUUAUGGGCAGCUGAGUUAGUCCAAUCUAUUAAAUUUUCUUCUUUUGUAUCCACAGAGUUUGUUCGAGGGAUGAGCUUCUUCCUCUUCUUAAUAAAUGUGUAGAAAUUUUAGGGAAUGCUGUGGACUCUCCUGAAGCAGGAAGGUGAGAAAUGUUUUCCAAUUUCAAGUCAAGGUUGUCAACAAUAUUUAACCACUAACUGACUGUAUGAUUGUUUUGAUUUAGGUAUUGCCAAAAGCUCAAGAAAUCAAGAGAUGGUAUUUGUAGAUUGCUCGAACAAUUUGACAAAAUAAGCGGUAAAUUAAGAUGUUUGAAUUAUUUUUCAAAUGUACUAUGUGUGAACAGUUAUGUAAUGAAUAUCGAAAAUAUUGUUUAUCAUUGCUGGUUGUUCACAGGAAUCCAAGAGACUUGGGAAAAAAGGUCCACUCGAAAGGAAGCACUAUCCACUGUUACCAACAGAUUUGAACUUCAAGAGGUACAAAUAAAGAGAAAAACAAAUUUUUGUCCCUUCAUAACUCUCAUUGUUCUCAUUGUGGCAUGGUAUUCAAAAUACUCUUGAAUUUAUGAUUUUUUUACUCAAUGACAGAGACUAAUGAGUGCUGCAAAACAAAAGAAGAAAGAAUCCCCAUAUGAUAACUUGCGAAAGAAAACAAUUGAUGCUAUGGAUGAGAUGUUCAGGUAACACAAAUUAGAUUUCAAUCUGCCCAUUUUUGUACACCAGUUACUGAGCUUCAAUAGGAGUAAACCUGUCAAAAUUUUUUAGUCAGUGAUAAUAUACAAACACACGUGGCAAGGAAAUAAAGGUGUUUGGUUUCAAUUCCAUGGGGCACUGAACUCUUUUAGGAUUGGUUAAUGUUCAGCCAGACAAGCUUCUCAGGAGGAAAAUUACUGUAAUGUUGAAAUUUUUAUCCCUUUUUAAUUUUCUCAACAGAACAUUUUUGACCUGUCCACAAAACAUGCCUCUGCAUGAGGUCAUUUAUUAUGACAAAUUACAGGAAACAAGAAAGGUUUGCAAGCAGUCAUUUGUGUUUAUAUAUGUUAUUAAACAAAGUCUGUAGAGAUGAAAACUGCGUCCAAGGUCAGGAAUAUGGUCCUAGGCCAAGGCCAGUUAACAACCUCUUAAUUUUUUUCUGCAGGUUUGCUUUUAUCUGCUUAGCUGCAAUUGACACAGAAAUAAUUUUAGACUGUGGUACCUGUUGUGAAAAACUGGGCUGGUUACAAUAAUAUUUUACUUAUCAAUUCUAGGAUUUCAGAUUCCUUCCCACCAAGAUGUACUAGAAAAAAAUAAGUACCGGUAUUGUCCUGUUGCAAUGAGGUGUACAAAUGAGUGUGGUUAUAAGAGAAGUUGCCAUCAGCCACCAACAUGAUUUUCCUUGCAUUAUUCUGAACUUACAUUAUCCACCAUGCUUAUAAACAGCCAAAUGGAUUGUGCUGUGAUGGUUGGGGUAGUUUUUUAUGGUAACUAAUAAAGUCAUACUGUUUGAUCUGGGAUCAUUUUAUUAUGAAAUUGUGGUUUCAAUGGCCAGUCAUGAUCUUCCUUGAUUGUUUGUUCUGGUUUUUUUUGCAUUUUAGCACGUGGUUGGAAUGCCUCGUGUAGCCAUACAAACAGCCUUAAGUAACCCUCGGCAUUACCUUCAAGUGAGUACUGCUCUUAAUACAUAAAUGUUAUUUUCUGGGUGGGGAGUUAAGGUUAGAAAAAAUCUGCAUCCAAAGCUUUGAGAAGGCUGAAGACCUCAUGCUGUUCUCAAGACUGAGAACACAGCUUUUUUCCCAUGUGGACCAAACUGGAACAGUAAGUAACUUUUGUUCAUUUUUGAAUAGUCUCCUUUUUUCCAUGUAACAUUGAAAAAAUCCUGUAAUGUAGUGUGUCUUGUAAAAAAAGCUGAAAAAACAUUUCCAAAUGCAUGAUUAGCCAAUCACAUCUGGUCUGCUUAGAUGUUUCAGAAAAUAUUAAAACAUAAUACUACAUCAUAGGAUCAUGACUUUUCUUAACAAAACUCCUAGGAAAUUUAACUCCAAAAAGUGUAUUGGCUAGAUGGAAAAGAGAAUUAUGAAAUAUCUAGUGAUAUUUUUCCUCAAUUCCAGUGCGACUGUUGUCAGACUGACAUAGGGACAGUUCAGGACACCUUACCUGACGUGUGCAUUGCUUAUAAACUUCACUUGGAGUGUGGCAGACUAAUCAAUCUUUAUGACUGGUUCCAGGUUGGUGGCCUUUUUUAGCCUUGUUCUACCAAUUUUUGUUUUAGCUUUGAAGGUUCUCUAAAAAUUAUGGGUGCUGCUCUCUCUAAUCUUUGGUUGACUUCUGAAACAAAAUCUAAUGUUCUCUUUAGCCUUUGAUGUAAGGAGAUAUGCUGGAAGGUAAUUGUCCACUUGAUUCUCUCAGUCCUCUUUUCCAGACAUUUCCAAACAUCUGCGAGUUUGCACAGAUUUGAAUUUUUUCUAUGCAGAUGUUAACUUCUUGGUCCACAGGUUUUACUCAUUCCUAGGAUUCCUUUUUUUUAGGCAUUUACAGCUGUUUUGGAACCUCCAAUAGAACAUCAGUCACUAAAAUGUUCUCCAAAGAAGAAACAGAAAAUGGAUGAACAGCUACAGUAUCCUUGUGUUUAGAGUGGAUGAAUGAAAAUGUUCACCUUUAGACUGACAUGAAAUGGCUGAUUCCGAGUUAUUCUGACAGUUUCGCAGGUCAGCUAGUUUUUCAGUUAGUAAAGUGGCUCCAUUAGUCAAUCAGUCAGUCAUUCAGUCAGUCAAUCAGUUGGCCAGUCUGUUGGUCUGUUAGUCCAUUGAUAAGUUGAUGAGUGGGUCUGUCAGUCAUUGCAUCAGUCAGUCUAUCAGUUAAUCAGUGUGUAGCAUUUUUAUUUUAGAACCUAAGAGUUACUAAUACCUUAACUCUGUUGUAGUGCUCGUUUCAUUCAAGCUGUUUCCGAACUUCAAUUUCUUGGAUUCAUCAAAUCAACUCGACAGAAAACUGAUCAUGUACAGAGACUCACUUGGGGAGCAUUUUGAUAUAAAAGUUAUCCUUCACAUCUGGUCAUUUUUCAACAGUAACAACAGUAACUGUCUUGUUGAUCUAGAAAGAACUGUGAUGGAAGAACUGGGUUUUCAAGAAAAUAUAAAAGUUGCAUUUUGUUUUUGUGGGAAAUACAUGAUUACUAAUUCUCACAUUGCUCUCCAGUCAAGUAUAAAUAGCUACUGGGAAUUUGUUACGGUUAACCUAACAAAUGCUGGUGGGUUACCCACAAUGGGCUAGUAGCAUAGACAUGCUUAUCCUCAUUCCAUGUUAGAGCAACCAGGGAGAAGCAAUGACCAGCUAUAAUGGGCAGUUAGCUCUGUCAAUAUAAAAAGAACCUGGUUGACAUGGAAUUCAACUUGUUUUUCCUUAAUGAAAAUCACAUAAAAUUUGACUGUUAUAUCUGUUGUUUCAAAUUGUUUUCAAUGGUAGUUGGGAAAUUUCAAGUUUCACCUGACACCUCAUGAAAUACAACUUAUGUUUAAUUUUUUAUUUAUCUGUUUCAUAAUGUUAAUACCAGAUAUAAGUUCUAGUAUUUUAGAUUGCUUGGGUCCUCAUAACAUUUAACAUGUUUUUGAAGGUCAAAGUAUUCUCAGAGUAAUUCAAUGAUGAAGUCCUUGCUAAAAAAUAUUUAGUCUUUUUGUGUACAAAGGUUGUUAAAAGGUAUGCAAAAAAUAAUUAGAGAUAUCGAGAUAAUGUGAAUUGGCCACUGUAAACAGCUUCUAAGCUGGUGUUUCAGUGCAAAUGGACAUUGGGUUCAUGCUAAGACAAAGGGUUAACACUCAAAACAUCAGCUUAGAAACUCUUAACAAUUGUGGAUUUGACAAAACCAACUUAUCCUGUUAUACUUUCUCACUGAUGCAGCACCACAGUUUCUUUACAAUACACAUUGUAUGUACAGCAAGGCUUGGGCAGAAUUUUCAGAAUGUGUUGAAUGGCUAAUUGAUUUCAACUUUUUUAACCAGCUCUGAACUUUAGCUUUUUCUUUCAACUUUUUUUUUAUUCUGUUAACAAUCAUUGUAUUGUAUAAAGAAUACUUUGCAGACCUUUUGUAGAAAGCUUGAAUGACAUUCUUGAAACAGCAGAAUGAUAAAAUAACUAGUGAAAAGUAUGUUUACUAAGUUUCUCUUGAACAUGAAAAUUGUACAGAGUAAUAUGAACAUAUAAAAUACCAUGAAAAUAUUAUUAUUUAAUUAAUUUUAUACCAUAGCUUUUAUAAAUGACUUUCUCAAC